AUGUCGUCCGCAAGGAUCGCCGUAUCGAGACAUGUGGGCCUGAGUCGUGCGGGAGCAAGUGUUGCGCCGCUCCGGCGCGAGGUCGGCGGGGGGAGUGGUAUAAGUAUAAGAGGGAGUAGGGUGGCGGCGAAGGCGAGGUGGAAAGCUGCUUUUGGAAUUGAUAGACGGAUUGCUGGACAGCUUAGGUGGCAGAGUGGAAUUUCAUCGUCAGAGCCUCAGGUACAAGCACAACAAACUCCCCAGCCAAACCCAGAUACCGCCGCAAAGAAACCUCUCUCCAUCAGACUCCCCCUCGCCCUCGCCCUCACCCUCUUUACCUUCGGAGCCGGAUUCAUCAUGGCUGGCGCACCUGCCGUCGAAUCUAUCCGCGCCAUGGCGAACCCCCCAACAGACGCAGAGACGCUCGAACUAUUCCAACCGCCAACCGAAGAAGUCGCAGAGAUUGAGCGAAACCUCUUCUCCCACCCCCUAACAAAGCGCCUCCUCGCCGACCCAAAAUACAUCGCUGCACGCCCACACUUGAAAAUCCCAGAGGCCCUCCGCCACCAGAACCUCACGGGCGGCACGCUUCUCGGCCCCGACAAAAUCGCCGUGCCACCACUGCAAUUCACCACCGAAGAUGGGAGUUCCUUCGUGUCAAUACAGUACCUGGGAACCGCGUUGUGUGGACACCCGGGCAUCGUACAUGGAGGCCUGCUAGCUACGCUGCUGGACGAAGGACUCGCGCGGUGCUGUUUCCCCGCGCUUCCGAAUAAAGUGGCCGUCACUGCGUCGUUGAAGAUCGAUUACAAGGCGCCGGUCAUGGCAGGCCAGAUCAUUGUUCUGCGGGCUGAGAUGACCAAAGUGGAGGGCAGGAAAGCGUGGGUCAAGGGGUGGUUGGAGACGCUGGCUGAUGAGAGUAAGGGCGAGAAGGCUUUUGUGCUUACCGAGGGGGAGGCACUGUUUAUUGAGCCGAAGCAUGCGGCGAGUCUGAAGAGGGUUGUUAAUUAG